AUGCGCCCCGGACCUCCGCCGUCGCGCACCUCCGACCAGCCGCCGGGAGCGCGCACGGCGGUGGCCAUCGCCAGCGUCCAGCAGGCGGCGUUUGGCGACCACAACAUCCAGUACCAGUUCCGCACAGAGAAUAAUGGAGGACAGGUGACGUACCGCGUAGUCCAGGUGACUGAUGGUCAGCUGGAUGGCCAGGGCGACACGGCUGGCGCCGUCAGCGUUGUGUCUACGGCUGCCUUCGCGGGGGGGCAGCAGGCUGUGACCCAGGUGGGUGUGGACGGGGCAGCCCAGCGUCCUGGCCCCACUGCUGCCUCUGUGCCCCCAGGUCCCGCAGCGCCCUUCCCGCUGGCCGUAAUCCAAAAUCCCUUCAGCAAUGGCGGCAGCCCGGCAGCUGAGGCUGUCAGUGGGGAGGCACGGUUUGCCUAUUUCCCAGCAUCCAGUGUGGGAGAUACCACGGCUGUGUCCGUACAGACCACAGACCAGAGCUUGCAGGCCGGAGGCCAGUUCUAUGUCAUGAUGACACCACAAGAUGUGCUUCAGACAGGAACGCAGAGGACGAUUGCACCCCGGACACACCCCUACUCCCCGAAAAUUGACGGAACCAGAACACCACGGGAUGAAAGAAGGAGGGCCCAGCACAAUGAAGUGGAGAGGAGGCGGAGGGACAAGAUCAACAACUGGAUCGUCCAACUUUCAAAAAUCAUUCCAGAUUGUAAUGCAGACAACAGCAAGACGGGAGCGAGUAAAGGAGGGAUCCUGUCAAAGGCCUGCGACUACAUCCGGGAGCUGCGCCAGACCAACCAGCGCAUGCAGGAGACCUUCAAGGAGGCCGAGCGGCUGCAGAUGGACAACGAGCUGCUGAGGCAGCAGAUCGAGGAGCUGAAGAACGAGAACGCCGUGCUUCGCGCCCAGCUGCAGCAGCACAACUUGGAGAUGGUGGGCGAGAGCGCGCGGCAGUGACGCCCACCCCACCGCGGCCUCAGCUGCCCCUUCCCCAGCCCUUAGCACAGAGAGGGACAGACGCCCCUCCCCCAGCUGCGUUUUUUUAUAGUAGAUUUUUAACAAAACGGGGAGAAAUAAUACAUUUCUGUGGAUAAGCGCCUGCCGCUCUCCUCAACUUGGGAAGCGAUAUCCUCCCCCCCUUCUGUCUUGUCUCCCUUCUCCUGGCCCCCACUAAGCCCCAGCACUUCUAGUGGUCUCGCCUGGAGGCAAGAGGGAGGAGGACAGAGGCCCUGCCGUAUCCCGCUGCCUCCUUGGUCUCUAGAGGUACUGAGACAGGGUGCUUUCGGGAAGGAGGGGAGCCUUUAGGGGGGCCAUCCCUGGGGCCUGGACCUAAGCAGGGAGGCCAUGUCCCACCCCACCUCUUGUUUCUGAAUCCCUGCUCCCCUUUGAGUGUGUGUGUGUGUUUUAAUUUUCUUUAUGGAAAAGUGGACGAAAAAAAUAGAGAGAGAGGUAUUUAACUGCAAUAAACUGGCCCCAUGUGGCCCCGCCUUGUC